AUGCCUCCCAAGAAAGCUCCUACUGCGGCCAAGAAGGCCGCUGCUGGCCCGGUUCACACCUCCUACCGUGAUAUGAUCAAGGAAGCUAUUCUGAGUCUGAAAGAGCGAAAUGGUAGCAGCCGCCAGUCAAUCAAGAAAUAUGUGCUGGCGAACAACAAACUUGCGCCUGCCUCUCAAAAUGCCUUUGACAGCCAGUUCAACAAGGCGAUUAAGAGCGGUGUCGAGAAGGGCGAUUUCAUGCAGCCCAAAGGAACCUCUGGCCCCGUGAAGCUCGCCAAGAAGGAGACUCCAGCUAAACCCGCUGCGAAGAAGCCUGCCGCUGCCAUCAAAGCUCCUGCUCCCAAGAAGGCAACCACCAAGAAGGCGGACAAGACCGAGAAGCCCAAGACGAAGAAAACAACAGCCGGCGUCAAGAAGCCUGUCGGCAGGCCUAAGGCCAACACUGCGAAGCCCCGUAAGACUAGCACAGCUGCCCCGGCUGUUGUUGAUAAGCCCAAGGUUGUCAGUGUGACCAAGUCGGGCCGCAAGACCACGACGACGGCAAAGCCCGCCGAAAAGGCAACCAAGAGGACAACCAAGAGCAAGAAAGCCUAG